AUGAUUAAUACUAUCACUUUUGGAUUAUUGUUACUCAACUUUUACAAAGUAUCAGCAGUCCAGUUUGAAUUGUUCAUCUCUAAAGGAUCCUUAUAUUCCCAAAAAAGAAUUGUGAAUACUAAUUCUGCGAAUACUACUUUUAUUGUUAAUUGCCUCCCUCAAUAUGCCAAUUAUUGCACCAUUGAUCUAAAUCAAACAUCCAACCAAGCAGCUGAAAUAGCUUUGCUUUUCUUAGAAGGACAACCGCCCUAUUUAGAUGAUGACGAUGGUUUUAUAUUUGAUGGAAUGGAUUAUGACAGGUAUUACUAAUAAAGAACAAUUCUUAUAGUUAUGUCUAAAAUAAGAGAAACCAUUUUAUCUAAAUACCAAGCUCAAAUAGUAAAAUAUACUUUACUGUCUUGACCAAUAUACCAAUUUCCUUUGACAUUUAUUUAACAGGAUCCUCCUCAAUGCUAUGUCCAAAUAAUUGCAAUGAGAAUGGAGAUUGCCUAUAGGGUGAAUGUAAAUGUGACAAGGGAUUCAUAUCUAGAGACUGUUCAAUGAGAGCACUUUAAUUAGAGUAAGAUAAAUCGAUGUCUGUGAAUGGAUCCCACGAUCCAAACUUCUAUUGUUACUUUGAAUACAACGGAACUUAAGAUUUAAGAUUAGAGAUCACUGUAUUAUAAUUGUUUAUUGUAGACUGAGAAUGAAGCUCAAGUUUAUUUACUUGUACCUCAUGUAUUAUAUUUGCCAACACCUAACUUCUUCGAUAAUUCUGCUAUUAUUACAAGAACAACUCCCUUAAACAUAACGAUAAAACAGAGAACAUCGGAUGGCGAUGAUUGGAGAUCUUAAAUUCCUGAUAAAUUGAUUAUAUUAAUACAAGGGAUUGAAUUUGUCAUUAGAUUGAAUCAGAUUGACGAUGAAAGUUAAAGUGAACAGGUGAAAUCAAUUAUAAUUGUUGUUUGUAGUGUAACAGGUUUUCUUUUAAUUUGCUUUUGUAUCUUUAUAAUUAGAAGAGCAAGAUAAAGGAAAUAAAUAGAUAAGCAAACGCCAGAAGAUUUUGAAAUCAAAGAAAAUCAAUUUAUAUAUGGAAGAUCUUUGAGUAAAAAAGAAGAUGAUCAAUAUGCCACCAUAGAUAAUUAAUUAUCUCCUAGCAAUCUUUAAGAUAAUUGUGGAAUCUGCUUAGAUCCUCUUUGCAAUCAAUAACCUAUCAAAAGCACUCCAUGCAAGUAUUCAUAAUUCACAUAAAUAGUCACAUAUUUCAUGUAAAUUGCAUUCAAUAAUGGCUUUAGAAGAAUCAAUUUUGUCCUUUCUGUAGAUUUGAUUUAAAAAUAAAUAAUCUGUAGUACUAGUAACCUAUAAAAGUACCAAUGGCAGUAUCCAAUCAAAUAAGAAUAGUUAGAAGAAACAUUUGA